AUGAAAGAAUACUAUAUCACCGCCAGAUGUACUGAUAAAGCUCACAACCCAAAUGAAAUCUUCAGAUCAAGAGUUUUUGCUCCAAACUAUGUCGUUGCUAAAUCCAAAUUCUGGAUGAUGUUAAAGAAACAACAUAAAGUCAAGAAGAUUAAUGCAGAACUUCUUCAAUGCCAACCAAUUUUUGAAAAGAACCCAACUGUUGUCAAGAAUUAUCAAAUCUUUUUGAGAUAUGUUUCUGCUGGUGGAAUUCAUAACAUCACUAAACAAUAUAGAGAUGUUACUAGAGUUGGUGCUGUUAGACAAAUGUACAACGACCUUGCAUCACAAUACAGAACCAGACAAGACAAAAUCCAAUUGAUUAGUAUUACUACUGUUGGAGAUAAAGCUAUUAAGAAUCCAGUUCUCCAUCAAUUUGUUGGACACCACGUCAAAUUCCCAAUGGUACAUUGCAAACCAGUUAUUGCAUCAAAGAGAUUUAAUCUCCCAAUUAAAGCCGGUAAACUUACUACUAAAUUAUGCUAA